UUUUUUUUUUUAUUCUUUGUCUUUAUUUUAUUUUAUUUUCAAUAUGGAUUUUGAUUCAGACUCUAGUGACUUUCAUUUCCCAACGGAUACAGGAUUAGCUAAACUGUCAUCACCUUUAUCUUACAAGGUACCAGAGUCUCGAGAUUGGGCACUUGAUGAAUUCAUGCAAACCUUACAAGACAAGCCAUGUACAGAAGCUGAAAAUCUCUUGAGCUUUAAGCAAUAUAUUCCUGUCAAUGAUAGUGAAGAAGAAGACUAUGAUGAUGACUAUAACUAUGGUCCACCCAAGCUUAAUUUGCCUACCUAUGAAGAAAAGGACUUUCUCUCACAAUUGUCUCAACAUUUGCUCAAUCUGGAGCGAAUGGAAUUGCAUGAUAUCCUUAAAGGUGGAUUCACACUUGUACAAAAUGAUAUUCAAACCAACAGUCAGUAUCAACAUCAACAUCAACACCAACAACAACAGCAGCAACAACAGCAACAAUUACAUUCAAGUCCGUUCAAUCAACAAACUCUUUCUCCUCCUGGUCUGAGCUGGUUUAAUGAAGCAGCGGAUUAUGGCCGUGUUCAAAUCGAUAGUUUGGACACGAUUGAAAUGCCUAAACGCCAAAAUAACUUUAGUCCUUUCCCUAUCAAAUCAACACCUCGUUCCGAAGAAGAAGAACAAGAUACAACAGCUGUACAACCACAAACUGAAAAACCAUUACCGCCAUUGCCAGCCGUAAUCGCACCAAAAGAAGUAGUGGUUGAACAAGAAGAAAAAGCCACCAGCGUACUCAAGAAUAAUAAACACAAGGGGCUCAAAUUUAAACUUAAAACCAAGUUGGUCAAACCUUUCAGUAAUAGUAUCUCGGCUUCAACAUUAUCGGAAAAGCCUAAAAAAUCUUCCUCCAUUCUAUCAAGCACAAAGAAAUUUAUUCGCAAGAUCUUGCCUGUUUCAUCAUAAUCAUUCAUUUUUCAUACACAUCACAUUUGUAAAUACCAUUUUUAUUAUUAUUAUUAUUAUUAUUUCUUAAUUUUAGCAGUGCUAUCUCUUUCUCCUUAUUUUCAUGUAAAAUAAUUCAUUCAGAAC